AUGGCGUCCACUAACCUUCCGCCGAUCAUGCUAGACCACCUCUACUCCAUGGAUGACGAUCUUAAAGCAGAAGGGCCGCUCCUGCUACUUGAAGAUGCCCGUAAAAAUCCCGUUGUUGGUGAUGAGCCAUCCCCUGAGACUGCUCCUAUCAGUAAAGGUUGGUCAGAAUGGGUCGAUCGUGAACUGCGGGAUCCAUCCACAUGCAACAUCCUGCGCAGAGCACAAGUCCUUGAUGCCAUCUUCCUUUCCAAAUUGUGGGACAUCCAUAUCGAAGCGAAGAUGCUUCGUCACGUGGUCCGGAGGUGGAGCACCGCUACUUACACCUUUGUGUGCUCAUGGGGGGAAUUUACCCCUACCCUUGAAGAUGUGGCGAAUAUCUCUCGCCUUCCUGUCUGUGGCGACCGUAGUCCUUUCGGCAUCGCCCUCACUCCAGAAGAAAUAGAUAGCCUUGCAGUCUUGCGAAGAGGCGCUCCCACCUCUCCCAGCACUUCACUCCGGUUUAGCAACUGGAUACAAUAUUUUGGGACGCAAACAGACAGAGUCCCUGCCGUGUUCUUGUGGGAGCGUCUCAAAGGGUUGGAUGUGUAUUCACUCCCUCACUCGCACGCUAUAAAGUUGGCUGACUGGGGCAAUGGUUCCUUUAUGCCAACAAUCUUCCAUUAG